ACCGAUGGCUGUCAAACUCAACACAGCCGUGCCGACGAACAGACCGCACAAAGCGUAAUGUAAAAGAAUUGAAAAAACUCAUCAAGUAUAGAGGCCAAAAAGCAAACGCAGCAGUCGGGGAUAAAUUAAUAAAAUCGUUCGAUGCGAAACAACUAAAUGCGGCGUUUACAGCGCAGUGGAUGCGAGCGGCUAACGAAUUGCGGUAAGCACAGAGAAAAGCAAAAAGGCAGCCAAGAAAAAUACGAACGAAGCGAAACGCACACAAACAGACGCACCACACACACACACUCUCAGAGGAGCGCCCACAUUCUGAGGCCGAGAAGUGAAAAUUGAAAGCGGCGUUUUGAAAGAAUUACCCAUUUCCCGGAAGACCGAAGGCGGAAGGCUAAGAAGCUAAUUAAAGAUAGCCUGAAUGUUUGCACAUUUUCUAGGAGGCAACGAAAAAAGCCGAUAAAAAGAUCCACACACAUACAACCAAGAGAGCCUCCCAUACAGGCGAGCCACUCACACACCGUUAACUCUGACACAAACACACAUACCACACACACACACACAAGCGUGCGUGCCUUGGCAGGUGAGAAGAAGAGGAAGGAGCAGGAAGAGGAGCCCCAAAAGGAGGCGCCAACGGAAACCAAAUUGGAUAAAUUGAGGAAAAGCAGCGGAAAAAGGCGAGAGCACAUCAGGAGGAGCAGCAGCACCAGCACCAGCGAGAAGCCAGCAAAUCCACGAACAACAGAAGCGGCAGCGUAUUUGGCGAAAAUCUUGCAUUGAUGGUAAUGCAUGCUAGAAAACCGCAGCGUAUGAACGAUGGGUACUUUGAGAAGCAUACCAGCCACACAUCCUACCAGAGCUCAAAGUACAGCAGUUCAAAGCGCGACUAUGAACGCGAUCGUUCCUCCAAUUAUCGCGAUCGCGACCUGUCGCCGGGCGCUGGCGGUGGCGGAGGUGGCGGUGGCGGCGGUGGAAGCAGCAGCGGCGGUGGCGGUAGCAGCGGCAAUGGCGGCGGCGGCGGCGGACCAUUGAAUAAUGGCAAUAGCUACCGCUCCCAGUCGCCGGACAUUGAUUCGCCUUCGUCACGUUCCCACGAUAUCCGCGAUCGCAGUGAUCAUCGUGGUGGCGGCGGCAGUGGGCGUGGCGGAAGCGGUGAGCGAUACAGCUUUAUGCAGAAGAUGCGGGACAGAGAUCGUGAUGUUUACAAGAAGGAUAAAUAUUCAGAUAAACGAGAUCGGCGUGGCAAUGAUCGGGACUCGGAGUCAUCGUAUCGCACCAACCAUGACAGGGAUCGACGUGGAGGCGGCGGCGGCGGCGGAGGAGGCGGUGGUGGUAGCGGUGCAGGCGGUACAAGCGGCGGUGGCAGUGGCAAACUCUGCUCCUCGCGGGAAAACGAUAAGCGGUCGGGUUCGGACGAUCGUGACCGGGAGCGAGAUCGUGAUAUGCGUGAUAUGCGCGACAAGCGGGAUCGCAAUUCGGAUCGCGACAGGGACUUGUACAAGAAGGACAAGUAUACAGAUAAACGCAGCGAACGCAGCGAUCGUGGCGAGCGAACCGCCCGGUAUGGCGACUGGAGUGAGCAUGUAAGCUCAUCGGGGAAAAUGUAUUAUUACAACUGCAAGACGGAAAUCUCCCAGUGGGAGAAGCCAAAGGAAUGGGUGGACAGAGAAAGGAAUAUGCCGCGUGAUCAGCACCGUGAGAAGGAAUAUCGCGACAAGGAUCGCGAUAGGGAUCGUGAAGACCGCUUCUCCAGAUCGACAUACAAACAUUCCAAUUCUUCGCGCGACAAUUCACGACUGAGAUGGAAUUAUGAAAACGAUGGCGGACCGCCCAGCCAUCGAAGGCGUUUGGAUGGUCGACACAAUGACAAUGCUGAUAUGGAUAUAAGCGGCGAUUCCACGCCCACCUCGGAGGCCAGCUAUUCGCUUAGCGGCACGCCCACCACUCAUGGUGGCGGCAACAGCAGUGAUCAGCCAAUGGGCAAUGCCCUGCCACGUCUGGCCUCUCAUCCAAAUGCAAGCUCCUCCUCCUCUGCCUCGGGCGUAACAGCAAGCGGAGCCUUGGGAGCAGCGGCAGCAGCAGCGGCAGCGGCACUUCACUAUGCAGGCGGAGCGGGUCCAGUGACGGGGGCCACCAUGCUGCCCACCAGUGGGCUCUCAUCGUCCGUGAAUAGCAACAACAAUGCUGGCGGCAGUGGCAGCAAUAGCAGCAGCAACAAUGCCAACAGCAGCAGCAGCAGCAGCAACAACAACAGCAGCAGCAGCAGUGGCCUCCUGAGGAACUCUGGCCACAUUGGCUCCACCUCUGGAACAACUGUGCCCACGCUGCAGGAUCCGCAUCAGCAUCAGCAUCAUCUUAACUCGAAUGCUCCACUGCCGCCAGGGGCCAAGGGCAAGGAUCAGACUCUAAUCUUGAUGCGUCAGAAGAUGCACCUGGGCCUGGGUGUACUCGACCAUCAUGGAGUGAACUCUGGCGGAGGCAGUGCAACGGCGGGGUCAGAAUCGACGGUUAAUCAUGCCUACAAUUCUGUUAAUAAUUCGGUCUCCGGCAGCAGUCUAAGCAGCUUACGGGACAACAGCCUCAAUUCACCGCUGUACAUGUCCCACUCGCACCACAGCCUCUCGCCGUCGCUCAGCAGCUACACCAAGAGCCCCAUACCCACGAUUGUGGGUCACACGAACAAUGUGAGCGGCGGCAGCAAUGCCUACACCUGCAGUGCACCCUUUGGCCUCAAGGCCAGCCUGGACGUGGCCUCCGCCUCGCCAGCCACAUCGAACAGCAGCCAAAGCCAUGUGCCCGGCUUGGGGGCCGUCAGCGGUAUCAGUGUGAUCACCUCGAUGGGCAGCAACAGUGUGGUGGCCGCGACUUCAGGCGAGGGGCCGCCCACGCCCACCUUAGAGCUGGAGGGUGCUGCGGCCUUGGAGCUGCAGCAGCAGCAACAGUUGGCCGCCGCCGUGGCAGCAGCAGCCGCGGCAGCAGCAGCAGCAGCGGCAGCGAGUGCCCAGCAGCAGGCGCAGCAGCAGCAGCAGCGCAAAUUGGAUGGCACCUCAUCAGCCACGCUGAGCUCGCUGCAGAGCUGCGUGGGCUCCUCGGUGCAGUCGGCCAAUCUGCGUGGUCCCGAGAUAUCGCCCAAGCUGGCGAAAUACUUUCGCGCCGAUCUAAUUGCGCACGUGACCAACUGGCAUGCAGAGGUGCUAGAGCGUCAGGCGCAGAAGUGUUGCGAGGACACGCAUCUGUUUGGCGACAUUACCUGCACGCGAAUCUGUGCGGAACUGAAAUGCGCUCGUAGUCUGGUGCGCAGCACAGAGAUUUGUGCCACACUGCAGGAACAAAAAAUCAUGUAUUUGCGCCAGCAGAUACGACGCAUUGAGGAGUCGAAGACUCAGAACGCUUUCAUGUCGGACGAUACUUAGGAUCAGGAGCAGGUUAGGCUGCGCGUCCAUCGCAAGCUGUCGGUUAGGCUUAAAAAGAGCUACUUUUGGCGCAGCUGAUGAUGAUUGCGAUGAUGAUUGGAUUGGUGCAUUGUGUGCCUUGGUUAUCGUUCAUCGGCAAAUGAUGGAUGUAUGGCGGUGGCAAUACCAAAACACACACAUAACUACACACACAAUGACUGAGAAAACGGCGUGCAUCCUGCUCCUUACACCUAGACACCUGCUGCUUUCUCCCCUGAAAGCCGCAUUAUGAAUCACUUGUGUGUGUUCGGAUCGAGUCUGAAUCUCCCUCACAAAUACAUUGUAUAUAUAUAUGGAUGGUGGCAGUAUUUAUAUAUAUAUAGACGACUGUUGAGCGGCACAAGACAAACCAGGACGAGACAAACAAGCAACUCCAACAUUACAACAUAAUUUAUAAUUAGCCAAGCGUAAAUUAAAAACCAGAAUAAUCUUAAA